AUGAGAGGGUACCAAUAAAAGUAUGGAGGUGGAUAAGGCCUUUAACCAAUUACUGAAUUAGAAAGUGAAAAUCAUACAAGCAUGUAUAUUUAGAAUUAUAAUUAAUUUGGGCUAUAAUAAUCAAACGGAGGAGCAUUCAAUAAUAAUUUUUAACGCAACCAAGGAGUACAUAAUUAGUAAUAAUAGAAUUAUAGCAACCCUAAUUUUGUAAGAGAAGAAAAUUUAAAAUAUAUAGAUUUAGAGAAAAUAUUUAGCGAUACAGACGAUUCAGCAUCUCGCAUGAAUGAUAGUCUUUUAGAUGAUUGCGAUAAUUUAGUACCCAAAGAGAAUUAACGCUAAUUCUAACAAAAUGUAUUGAACUAAUUUCAAAACUACAAAACUUAAACAAAUAAAGAUUUAACCAAGAGUUAUGGAUAAAAUUAUUAAAAUGAUAAAACUUUGGAUUUAACUUUAAAUUUAACUAGAAACUACAAUUCCGGUGGUGGAAACAAUAUGAUUCUCGGUGGAGCUCACGAAAACUCUAUAAAUGAUAGCUUAAUGUAUAUAGUUAAUGAAUUAGGUGGUGACAGUCGUUUUCGCCAAUAAGGAACGCCAGCUUCGAUAAAUAAUAACAAUAAUAACAAUUAUAUUCAUAAUAAUAACUAAAUAAAUUUAAAUGAUACAUAAGUCAUGUAUUAGAAAUAUGAAGAUACUGUUAAAAUGAUGAGCUAAUUAUAAAAGCAAUUAGGAACUUCUGUUGAUAGCAAUCAAGCAUCUCAAUUACUGCGCUCAGAUAGAUUUAGGUCUAGUAUAGAAAGCAAUAAUGAAGCUAUAAAAAGAUCUCAAAAUCCAUAAAACAUAGGUAGUACUUCUUAAUAGCAAUUUUAGUAACCUUAAAUAUAAUAGACAUACUCGUCAGGAAGCAAUUCAGGUGGUAAUUCACCAAGUACAAAUAUAUAGUACAACUUACGCUAGCCGAAACCAUAAAUUGAAAAUAACAAAACUUAAUAAGGAUAUAAGCAGAACGAAAAAAUCACCUAAGGCCCAUCUAUUACUAAUCAAUAUCUCCCAAAUACCUAGAGCACGUCUAUUUCAUCAGACUAUAGACAAAACCCUAAUUUUAACAACUCAAAUGGGUACGAAUAAUAAUUAGCUUACUCGAAUCUAAAUUAAAACAACCCAGCUCUAAAAUAUUCUUUGUAGUCACCUUAAUAAAAUCAAAGUAUGAAUAACAGCAAUAUGCAAUCUUAGUAUUUAACUCCUUAGAGCAACAAAUAAGCUACUAGUUAAUUUGGAAAUAACUCUACAGUAUUUUCAAGUCCCUAAAGCAUUUAAUCAUCAUAAUUUUCAGCAUUUUAGGCAUAAGGCAUGAACCCUAAGUAAAGAAGGAUAUUUAAUAUGGAAUAAAAAGCCAUUUUAAAAUAAGCUGAGUAGCGUAUUUAGCUAUCUAACGAUCCAUUUUUAUAUUAAAAGAGAAUGGAGUAAGAAAUUCUAAGCGAUAGAAAUUAUUAGAAGAUGGUAGAAGAGGAGUUGCCAGUUUUUUGUAUUAAUUGCGAAGAAUAUAUAAAGCUUAAUGACGUAGAUAAGCAUGCCGAAGGAGAAUGUGAAGCCUUUUAGAAAAGGAAAGCGUAGUAAAAAUAAAACCCUUCAGUGAGUAGUUAUGGUGGUGGUUUUAGACCUGGAGAAGGUGGAGAUUCUUACUUAAGCGAAAUUACUGAAAAGAUUGUCUAGAUUGAAUAAUAAAUAGGAUCUCGUCUUGCUAAAUUAAAAUAGUAACCCUAUUCUUAGUUAAAUAAUUAGUUAAUAGAAGCUUCAGAUGCUGUCAUUCGCUAGAGCUAAAGCAUCCGCUUUAAUAACGAAAAUGCGAUUUAAAUCCACCAUAAUGUGUAAUAAAUUUAACUUUAACGCUAGCAGAUAACAGUUUUGCACAAUGACAGCAAAAAUGUAGGUAUGCUUAUCCUUUGGGAUCGCUUAAUUUUCCUUGCUGACGAGAAAGCUCUGAGAGUAAGAUACUUCAAAGAAAGAUAAUAAAAUUUAAAUUUAAGCAUGGCAAAUACUUCUUAAGAUAGAGAAAUCAUGAUGCUUGAACAGGAGUUAAAAAAACUAGAGAGCUUAACAUAAAAGGAAAAAGAAAAGGUUUAAUAUUGGAAAAUGCAAAGCGAAAUGAUGGAGUAAAUAAAAAAGUAAGAUAUCAACAACCUCAAAUACAUUAAAGAUAAUCACUCGUAUUAGAUUAUUAAAAAUCUAUAAUCAGAGAGAGAUUCUGAAACAUAAUCAUCUGCAGGAUUGUCUUCUUAAACAGGAGAUUUUGUUAUCACAAAUUAAUUGUUAAUAAAUAAUCCAGUAACAUAAAACGCUGAAGAUCGCAAAAAAAUUUUCUUCAAAGAAGCCUUAAAUGUUAAAUUCAGCUUUCCUUAAAAUCAUCGUUCUAGAAAUGUGGAUUUACAAUAACUGUACGAUGCAGCUAUUAAAUAAAAUAUUCCAUAAUAAUAGUGGCCAGAAUUUAUACGCAACAGAAUGAACUAAAUAUGA